GCAAAAAGCCGCACUGUUUGAACGCAUUCGUAUCUCUUGCCUUUCAGCUACUUCGGCGGCACUCGCUUCGUUCAUUUUUGCCUUUGCCUUCUUGUGGAAGAUAUUUUCCAUACUUUCCGUUUCUCUUCCCCUGCUAUUUUCACAGCGAUGGGCUCUGGGAAAUCCAAGGAGGCUGGCACGACGCCGGUCAAGUUCAAGAACGGCAAGCCGACGGUGAACGGAAACCGGAUCUAUCCGAUGUUCUCGAAUUACCUCUUCCGCAUAGCUGACACCGACUCCAAGCGGUGGGCCUUCUACAACGACAGCAAAGACCUGAUCAUUCACGUAGCGGUGCUCUUCGAUUACGACUCGCAGAUCGUGCCCCUGGGCGACACCACCGCCUUCCGCAUUGACGACCCAGAGGAAGGCAACGAAGAUGACUUUGGCAAGUAUCUGUGCGAAGUGGAUCUGCGUCCCGGAGAGACACAGCUGUUCGUGGAGGGCACAGUGACCGGCUGGCGUGUCGACACCCUCGAGGCCCGCACGGCGGAGGACGAGCGUGAGUAUCGUCUCUGA